CUCUGUCACAAUAGAUGGGGCGGGACUUGAAGCGAAACUCCAGGUUCCAAAAUGGCAGCGUCCAUGGAGCUAAGCUUGAACAAUUUACCCUCCGAUCCUUUGCUGUUAAUGUUAUCCUUUCUUGACUUUAGAGAUUUGAUCAGUUGCAGUUUUGUGAGUAGACGACUCAACGAGCUUUCCGGUCACAACCCAUUAUGGAAAGGCCUCUGUUUGAAACAUUGGCUCUUAACUGAGUCAGACAAAACUCAGAAGGUUCAAACCUGGAAGGAACUCUUCCGAGAGUUCUAUACUGACUUGGGUCGUUACAUUGAUCACUAUGGCACCCUGAAGAAAGCCUGGGAUGACCUGAAGAGAUACCUUGAUCAGCAGUGCCCCAGGAUGAUUGCCUCUCUCAAAGAGGGAGCAAAGGAGGAAGAGCUGGAUGGCAUUGAGGCCCAGAUUUGUUGCAAGCUUUCAAAUGACUAUCGGUGCUCAUACCGGAUACACAAUGGGCAGAAGCUGGUCGUUCCUGGGUUAAUGGGAAGUAUGGCCCUGUCUAACCACUACCGCUCAGAGGACCUGCUGGAUAUUGAAACGGCAGCAGGUGGCUUUCAGCAGCGCAAGGGCAUGAGGCAGUGUUUGCCCCUCACCUUCUGCUUCCACACAGGCCUCAGCCAAUACAUGGCCCUGGAGGGCACUGAGGGCCGCAGCCGCAGCGAGAUCUUCUACCACUGCCCGGAUCAAAUGGCACAAGAUCCAUCUGCAAUUGACAUGUUCAUCACAGGGUCCAGCUUUACUGAGUGGUUUACCUCAUACGUCCAUAAUGUGGUAACAGGAGAAUACCCCAUCAUCCGGGAUCAGAUCUUCAGGUACGUCCAUGAUAAACAGUGUGUUGCCACCACGGGGGAUAUUACUGUUUCAGUGUCUACCUCUUUCUUACCGGAGCUUAGCUCCGUGCAUCCUCCACAUUUCUUCUUCACCUAUCGGAUCAGGAUUGAAAUGGCAAAGGAUGCCCUCCCUGAGAAUGCUUGCCAACUGGACAGUCGUUAUUGGAAGAUCACCAAUGCUAAUGGCAACGUGGAGGAGGUCCGUGGGCCAGGCGUUGUUGGAGAGUUCCCGGUGAUGACUCCGGGUAAAGUACAUGAGUACGCCAGCUGCACGACCUUCUCUACUACCUCAGAGUACAUGGAAGGCCACUACACCUUCCACCGCCUCAAGAACAAAGAGGAGAUCUUCGACGUCUGCAUCCCCCGCUUUCACAUGGUUUGCCCUCCGUUCCGUGAGUCAAUUGUACGGUCGCAGGGAUCGGCAAGGGAUGUUUCAAGUGCAUCUUUUAACGAAGACAACUCGUCAGACACCGAUGACCAUAAUGAGGGUGAGCUUCGAGGCAUUAAUAUGGCAGCCCCAGGGGGACGAUGCCCACGCCACAUCUGAUACACUUUUCUCACCACAGGACUCAAUUAGGAAAGGGGCUAGGAAGGACUUUCACAGUUACAUAAGAGUAAAUUUUGUUUUUGUUUGUAAAGCUGUAUUUACCAUUGGCUGAUAGUCAUUGCCCUGUGUGAAUUUUUCCACCCCAGCUCGAUGAGAUACUACCACAGCCUCUGCAAUAUGCCCUCCCAUGUAAAUCCCAGAUCGCUCCAUUGUUUGUUUUCUUUUUUUUCAACAAUGGAGCGAUCUGGAACUGGACAUUGUCUAUUGAGAGCAGGGUUGUCACCUCUUUUUCAAUAGUAACAUUGUUCAUUCUCUAGCUGGCUGCCUAGUGCAUAGAGCUAAAGUGUAGAUUGGUCUAAAUCCUGAGUAUUCACUUUUUUCCUUGGCGUAUGUAGUGUGUGUGUGUAGUCAUAUUCCUUGUAUAAAAAGCCACAGCAUCUCUACAGGUCCACUGUGGAUGUAUUGUCAAUGCAUCAUCAAAAAUGACUUAUUUUUACAUUGCAGCUGUUUCUGCAGCAGUGUAAAAAAUGUGUAACUAUGAUGAUCUUAAUCAGAGAUGGUCACUGCCAGUGGUUUUCAAACCAACAAAAAAACAAGGAAUUAUAUGGAAACACACAACUCAUAAAAGCUGGGAUGUUUGCAUAUGCUAACAACAAUGACAAAGAGAAGCCCACAUCAAAGCUGUUGUGCUACAUUGGAUGCUGUCUGUAUAUCUAAUCGAUAUUCAGGAACAUGUUAAUGUGGGCUUGACUCUGUCAUGCAUUAUCUCUGUCAUGCAUUAAUGCAUAUCAUAUUUUAUUAAUUGCAAUGUGAUUAUGACUAUGAUCCUUUGAAAGUCUGCAGAAACAAACAACUGUUUAGUAAAGCAGCCAAUCAGUGUGCAGUUUCUCAUAGAAAUCUGAAUGUUUGAACAAUGAGCUACAGCAUCACACCCCUCUGUAUUUAUUUGGACAGUGAAGCUACAAUUAGUGAAUUUGGUUCUACUCCAGCAUUUUCAAUUUGACAUCAAGUGUUUUAUAUGAGGCAACAGUACAGAAUUUCACCUUUUUAUUUGAGAAUAUUUCUAUACAUAUCUGUUUUGCUGUUUACAAAUGAAUGCACUUUAUGUACAGUGCCUUCAGAAAAUAUUCCCACCCAUUUACUUUUUCCACAUUUUGUGUUACAGCCUGAAUUUUAAAAUUGAAUAAUUUGAGAUUUUGUGUCCCUGGCCUACACGUAAUACCACAAUGUCAAAAUUGAAUUAUGUUUUUAGAAAUGUUUACAAGUUAAUUAAAAAUGAAAAGCUGAAA